CGGACGACUUCUCCCACGCGACAGUUCGCUGGGAAUCGAACAUGUGGGGCUCCACUCUGAGCCUCUCUGACAUCGAGCAGAGGAUCCACGGAGUCACGCGCUUCCUGUCGGUGACUCUGAGCAUCGCCAACGCGCACACUGUGGACUUUUACACGCGCGACGUGUGGACGCGCUUCGUGGCCCUGACGCCGGAAGAGGUCCUGUCUGCCGUCAGCUCCAGCAGUGGCCAGCAGGGGGAGCCAGAGCCCAAAGCUAAAGAUCAGCCCAGGACCACAUUUGGAUUCUGCUGUGAAACAAAUCGCCUGGUCGACAUCCAUGAACUCCUGCAGGCGGCCAGGGCCCACUCGCUCCCAGGCCUCGGAGUGUGCUGGAGCAGGGAGGAGCUGCUGCAGGGCCUCAGAGGGGCCGGGCCUGAGGGGGGCGCUGCACCGGCAGAGACAGGAAGGAGCGACGAAGGUGCUGAGCUGGAAACUGAAGAGUUCAUGAACUCCAAAAAGUCUCAUGAGGUCCAGGCCAUGUCUGAGGUGGUGGCCUGUUUGGCCCAGCGCUGCGGAGUCAAACAGGUGAUAGAUGUGGGCUCGGGGAAGGGCUACCUGAGUUCCUUCCUGUCGCUGCGGUACGGUCUCCGGGUCUACGGCAUCGACUCCUCCAGCACCAACACCCACGGAGCCCAGGAGAGGAACAGGAAGCUGAAGAAGUUCUCCAGAGUCUACCAGAGGCACAGCAAGGCGGCGAGGGACGUCAGAGAGGCCGCGCAUUCCCCCCCGGAGGAGUUAGGAGUGGAAAGAAAACCUGGAGCGAUUGGAGACAGGGGAGUUCCAUGUGGUGCUGCAGGAGGAACCGUGUCACAGGACGAGGAGGAGAAGGUUUUAAAUGUUUUAUCAGAUGUCAGCCCCACAACAAACCCAGCAACCGAUGAGCUCUUCCUUAGCGCCCUGUCAGUGGACGUGAUAGAGGCACCAUCCCCCAGAGUUCCCCCCGGCCAGCUGAGCGAGGAGGAGAGGGAGAGGAGGAAGAGGGACAACCUGGAGAGGAAGGCCCUGAACAGAGGCGAGGGCGCCGCCACCGUCUUUUCUCCCCUCACGUCCUACGUCACCGCCGACACGGAGCUGCGGGAGCUCAUCGACGAGCUGGAGGACGCCGUCGUGGUCGGCCUGCACACGUGCGGCGACCUGGCUCCCAGCACCCUGCGGAUGUUUGUGGCCAAACCGGAGCUGGCGGCAGUCUGCAGCGUGGGCUGCUGCUAUCACCUGCUGUCUGAGGAGUUUGACCCGGACGCACAGGAGUGUUUGCACAGUGCGUGUGGUUUCCCUCUGAGUCGGUACCUCCGCGGCCAGUCCUGCUUCUGCGGCAGGAACGCCAGGAUGUCUGCGUGUUUGGCGCUGGAGAGGGUCUCACUCGGCCAGGGGAUUCAGUUGGAGUCUCUGUUCUACCGAGCGGUUCUUCACGUUAUUCUGAGGGAUCACUACAGCUCCUAUAAAAGUGAGAAGCGAGUGGGGAAAGUUUACUCCAAGGCUAAAUCCUUCGUGGACUACGUUCGUCGAGCUCUACGCCGACUGGAGCUGGACGAAUCAAAGCUCUCGGAUGACGUCAUCCAGGGUUACCACGACACACACAGGCCACGCAUGGGCGAGAUGGACGCCUUUAACAUGUUGAAGGUGACGCUGGCCCCGUGCAUCGAGGGUCUGAUUCUCCUGGAUCGUCUGUGUUUUAUGAAAGAACAGGAGAGCGUCUCCCUCUCGGCGCUGGUGCAGCUCUUCGAUCCGCUGCUGUCGCCGAGAUGCUACGGCGUCAUCGGGCUGAAGAGCCGCGAUGACAGAAUCACGAGCCGAUGAGAAGGGGGGUUCGAUUUUAUGAUCACUGAUUAUAUUUUAUACUUGACUGUUCCAAAUUGUGUAAUUUAUUCACCGUCUGCGACAUCUUGUUUUGUUUUAUUUCAUCAACUGUUUUUUGACGAGCAACAAAUGUCAAGUAUUUUCGGGUCCCGGUCCUCGAGGACAACACACAAAAACACAUGGUCUUACCGCACCUGGGAAACCCGUCCGCUCUGUUUGAUUGAAUUAUGUCCGUCCCGGCCUUUUGUCUUUGCGUUUGAGUGACUCCUGAGAAAACACUGGUUCUUAAGGAGCAUCCUGGGACGGGGGGAGCGUCGUGGGACUUCAGGGAGACUUGGAUCCAGUCCGCUGACAUGUCUGGAAACUCAAUUUCCAGGCUCCCAGACCAGAGGCAGCUCGAUAAAGACCGUAGACAGAUCCUGGAUCCCUGUUUAAUCUUCAGCUCUGUUCUGCUCGGUCUUUUCUCAUUUAAUAAAUCAAGUUCUUCUUA